CAAAUUGGACACAGCCAGCCACCGUCAAUGUCGUUCACCAGUAUAGGAAGCGUGCUGUUGUGCAGCAGCAACAUAAGGUCGUGCAAUAAUAGCAAAAAAUUUAAAAAUCGAAGCAGCAAACACAUGAAAAAACUGGGUACAUAUUAAAUUGACUAAAGCCGAACAAGACUAAAACAACACCAAACGAAUUUCGAAGCGACUACUUUAACAUUAACUGCCCAACUGUGGCAAAAAACUCAUCAAGUAUGGCCAACACAGCAACGUUAAUGUUUGCCUACAGAGCGCUGUACAUUACGAGUGCGAUGCGAAGCCCAGUACGGCGUUGUUAAGCAAAAGGUGGACAGAGCAGAACAACAGCGCAACAACUCAGUCUCCCUCGAUAUCUGUGAGCUUGAGUGUGUGUGUGCGGUGUGGCGAUUGAGUUCUCCCAGUAUCUUAAUAUCUUGCUGGCUUUCUUGUGAGCAUAGUGAGCACACACUAAUCGACGACGGACCGACCGAUCGCAUAAGCGUAAGCGGCCAAGCAAGCAAGCAACCGACAGACAGCGAACUCAGACGGCAGCGGCAACAGCGCAACAAACAGCAACUAUACCGACUAGUAGAAGAAAAAACAAAAAAAAAAAAAGAGUUUUUCAUUUGAGCGCGUUCGCUGAGGGGUUUAUUUAUUCAGCGAUCGAUCCCGUGUGUGGACACUGUUUUCCGCAGCGUUCGCAAAGGAGCACACGACGAAAUAAAACGCGAUACCAACGUCAAGUGAAACAAAUCGAUUCGAGUGCUUGUGCGCCUAUAGAUUUGAAGAGCAAUAAUUUUCAAACGUAAAAAGCUAUAAAUUAAAAAAAAAAAAACUGUGCAGUGUAAAAGGUGUUAAGGAGCACACAAGUGCAAUCUUCACAAUUGUCGCGCAGAAUUGAAUAAUAUUUAACAGCAAAAAAGUGACAGCGAAGAGCAGCGAAAACAGCAACGACCACAUAUCGAUUAAAAUAAUAAAAAUAAUAAUAAUACUUCAUAAUACUUAAAAUAAGAGUAGCUUAAAAAAUCACGAAUCACACAAAAUGGCCAUCAUUAGCAGUACAAAAACGUCGACGUCGAGUGCGACACCAACCACCACGACCACCGCGACCACAUCCGACAGUUCAUCCAGAUCCAGAACGAGCGCCGUCGCGUGCGCUGCCACCAAGCUAGACACCACUAACACUAUGAAUAUGCGAAAAUCGAGAAAGACAACAGUGGCAACGGCUGCAUCAUCGUCGUCGUCCAGAGCAUAUUUUCCAGCAUUACACACAUCAACACCGAUAGCAACAACAACAACGGCAACAAGAGCAGCAGCCGUUGUUACAGGAAAAUCAGCGUCGCCAACACCAUCAUUAUCGGCAACAGAUUCUAUUGCAACAACAACAGCAACAACAACCUCCGUACCAACAUUCAAUCUGCUGUACAAAUUCAUCAUAUUUGCCAUACUGAUUUGCACAACGCCAACGUUGGCUAGUGGUCGACGGCAUGCGCCGCUUAUGGUGGAAGAACCGGAGGGAACACGUCGAAAUAAUAGACCAGUUG